AUGAAAAAAGUCAUACAUUCAGUUAAAAUUGGUAUGGUUCGACGAACAUCUGUACCUUCGCAUGAAAAUGAUUAUGAAUUAACAUCUGACAUGGACCAAAAUUCAAAUCAUCAGUCAAAUAAAAACCAGCUCUUUGAAAGACGAAUUAGUAAAAGUGCUAUUUCUCAACUUGACGUUCGUCAAAAGAAAUAUAUUUCUUCGCUUGAAACACCUAAAAAUGUUCGUCUACAUCAUAUUGAAGAAACAAAUAAUAACAAUCAACAUCAUUCAAAAAUAUCCAACCCACCAUCGCCUACAUUAUCUCCUCAUCUUCAAAAAUAUAAACCACCAACUCAAGAAUCAACAAUAACCACUAACAAUCUUCAUCAAAUACCUACUAUAUCAAAAUGGUCAACAAGAAAGAAGGUUUUAGUGGGCACUUCAACAUCUUUGAUAGUCGCAUCUGUUAUUACAGUUGCCACUGUUCUUGGUGUUUUGCUUACGAAAUCCAAAGAAACAAGUACAACAACUACUACUGCAUCUACCGUAAAUGUUUCUGCAUAUUGGAGUCUCGAUGGUACAACAGCAGAUUCAAAUGGUGUUUAUAACGGCCUACUUGUAAACAAUCCAUUGUUUACUGCUUCAGGUUCAAAUAGUCUGCCAUAUGUAGGACAUGGUCAAGCACUUAACUUUACUUCAGCAUCAAGUCAAUCAUUUGUAGUUUCGAGUCCAUUUUUCAAUUUAAGCUACACAAGUUUUACUAUUGAAGCUUGGAUUUAUUAUGCAACAACUACUUCUGAUCGUGGCAUAUUUGGUCAAUGUCAAUGUUCAACCUGUUCUAAUCAAUGUUUAUAUUUAAUUAUGCGAAAUAAUCGUUUGUACGUUGAUUUCACAUCGAAUUAUUUGUCUGGUUCCACAGCUAUUUCAACUAGUUAUUGGUAUCAUAUUGCAUUUGUUUACAAUUAUGAAACACGACAACAAAUAUUAUAUCUCAACGGAGUUCAAGAUGCUAUCAAAUCAAAUGCACAACCAUAUCAAGGACAAAAUGGAAGUAUCCGCAUUGGUUCAGCUCAAGUUUAUUCGACCACAAGCUAUUAUCAGAACUAUAUUGAUAAUGUUGCAUUAACAACAAGAGCAAAAUCUUCAGUAGAAAUUUUACGUGAUGCAUCUUUAAUGGCUUACUAUUCAUUUGAUUCACCUAAUCCAAAUGUUGACAGUGGUCCGAAUGGAUUAGAUGGAACAUCAAAUAAUAUAGUCUCAGCUACUGGGCGCGUCAAUGAAGCAAUGCGUUUUCUUGGAUCAUCGUCAUCCUAUUUUCGAGCUUAUGGUUUUUAUCAGAUUUCUGUUGGUGUUGUUAAUGCCAAACCAUUUUCAAUUGCCAUGUGGAUAAAUCCAUCAUCAGUCAAUAAUAUCGCAAUUAUUCAAAUGUUUUGGUCACUUGGUAGUACAUCAAAUUGUGACAUUUUACUAGGUAUUUCAUCAUCAAAUACAUUAACAGGACAGUUGUUUGUACACAAUACUGGUUCCACUGCAUGGUUAACCGGUCCAUUUGUAACACAAAAUACGUGGACACACGUGUCAUUGACAUAUAGUUCAGCUAAUGGAUACACAUUGUAUAUUAAUGGAGUUCUUUUUGGUUCAACUGGCACGGUGUCAUACUCGUCUACCGGUUCUUUCGCAAAUCUUUGCAUAGGUUAUCCGCUUAGUUGUAGUUGGAGUUCUAUAAAUGGACUUUAUCAGGGUUACAUUGAUGAACUUUAUAUUUACAAUCGAGAACUAUCACAAUCAGACGUUACUAGUCUUGCCAAUCCGUGA